AUGGAUAGCGCUUUGCGUUCCGAUCUAGACGCGCACCGAAGUGAGUUCAGCACUUUGCGCUCUGAGUUGAAUCCAGUGCGCUCGGACAUCACAUCGUUGCGGAGUGAGUUGGACUCGUGCCGUGCCGACAUCACAACAACGCGAACAGAGUUGGGUUCGCAGGGGACGGACUUGAAGACACUCCGGACAGACCUUGGGUCAAUCCGCACCGACCUCGGGUCGCUCCGCACGGACUUCAGCUCUCAACGAACAGACCUCGGGAACGGGCUGAACGGCCUGCGUGGUGACCUGAAUUCCUUCAGAUCGGAUGUGGCCUCGUGGCGCUCGGACAUGGAAAGCCAUGUCCAGGACAUUGGAGUUCUGAAAGUGGAGACCGAGUCGAGCCGCAGCUUGAUCAAGUCCGUCCAGUCCAGCGCGGAGCAACAUGCCACUGACUUGAACUCGCUGCGCUCUGAGAUUGACCUCGCACGCUCCAGCAUUGCGGCCCAAAGGUCUGAGCAGGAGUCCCAGCACUCAGAGGUGAAAUCGUUGCGAUCGGAGCUCACCCUUGAAAUUAGCAAGGUUAGGAAGGACCACGCCGACCUGCGUAGUGAGCUGCACAAAGAUGUGGCAGAGCUGCGGAAGGAGGCCAUACAGGGACUCUCCGAGAAGCAGGAUGCUAUUGACGACUUUGUCAAGGAUGUGAAUGGCCUCCGUGGUCACGUCAGCGACUUGCGCAAGGAGCUUUCCUCCACACAGGGGCAGCUGAACGACGUGCGCAAGGAGCUUUCCUCGUCACAGGGCCAGCUAAGUGACGUGCGGAAGGAGAUGUCGUCUACGCAGGGGCAGCUCGCUGACACGCGCAAGGACGUUUCGGCCACGCAGGCACAAGUCAACGACUUGAAGAAGGACGGAGCUUCAUCCAGAAGUCAGGUCACUGACCUACUCAAGGAGUUGCGCUUGCUGCAGAGUCAGCAGAGCGAAUUCGCGAAGGCACAGGAUCUAGCCGCUGCUCAGGGCAUGGUGAAGGACUUGCGGCAGGACUUGAGUGCAACCCAGGGGCACAUCACCAGCCUGCAGAAGGAGACAGUGUCCAUAAAGACUGACCUCGUGUCCACCAGGGGCGACUUCACGAAUGUGUCCAAGGAGACUCUGUCCAACAAGAACGACCUGUUGUCCUUGAAGAACAACCUCAGCGACAUCUCAAAGGAUGUGAAGGAGUUGCAGGGCACAGACAGAGGCUUGCAGGAGGAAACUUCCGAGACAAGAGCCCACCUGAACAAGUUGCAGCAGGAGCUGGUGCAGUCGCAGACGCGCCUGGACACCUUGGAGAAGGAGAUCGCAACCACGAAACAGGUGACGAGCUCUCUCGAGCAGGAGUCGCGAAAGUCUUCCGAGGAGCUGGUUGCCGUUCAGUCCUUGGCGACUGAUUUGAAGAGCUCUGUUCAUGAUUUGCAGAGCUCGGCGAAUCAUUCGCGGCAGGGCAUUGAUGCCACAAACAGCUCACUAGAUGAUCUCCGCAAGGAGCUGCCAGAGUUUCACGGUGCUCUGAAUCAUUUCAGACAGGAAGUUGCCGAGAAGGGCAGCCAGUCGGACAUGUUGCAUCAGGCCAUACAAGCAGAGCUGGAGCAACUCCGCAGUCAGGCAGCUGAGGUGAGAAAGGAUCUCACCACUUUCUUCCAGAUGGAGCUGGCCGGUGUGCGGAAGGACUUGGGCCAGCAGGGAGAAGAUCUGCAAGGCGCUUUGGUUUCCAUGCAGGUCAGAAUAAAAGAGGAAGCUGCUUCCGAGAUCAGGAAGCUGCAGAGUGAUGCCAGUGCUGCGCAUCGAGAGGUCACCAGCAUGGUCCAGCAGACGGCGCAAAAGCUCAAGGACGAGGCUGGACAAAUCUCCUCAGCACUGCAGGCAGCACAAGAGGACGCCGCUGACCUGCGAUGCGAGGUGCACGAGGCCUGCAGUGCCAUCGAAGACCAGCGACGCGAGGUCGAUGCACAUCUCUCCAUGCGAAUCACUGAGGUGCAGGAGCAGCUCGAGAGGGAGUUCAAGGUUGCAGACGCCAACCUGCAUGCAGAAGUGGCAACCGCUGCUGCAAGUGAUCGUUACAACGUUGGCGUGGAAAUGGAGCGGCUGCGAGCCGAUCUGGUCCAGGUGGACUCGUUGAGAGCGACGAUUGCCCAAGUUCAGGAGAUGACGAGCCGGGCCGGCUCCCACGAGGUUGUUGCAACAUUGAGAAUAGACCAUGCCUUCGUCCAAAACUUCAUGCCAGCUGACUACGAGUUCCCCCUGGUGGCCAGCAGGUGCAUGGUCCGUCUGAAGCCCAACCGCAAGGCGUGA